ACCGCCUGCUUUUCCCUGACACAGGUGACUUUAAUGUAACGCGUAAGGAGAGGUGGGGUUUCUUGUCCAUCAUACCUGCAUAUAGCAGCUUUAAGCGAAGACAAACGGGUGUAAAUGUGUUUUGCUCUUAUAGCGCUAAUAUAACGUGUCGGCCAUGCUGUACGUGUCCACCGGGAUCUUAUAGCUCCGGUAACGGGGGGGUGGACACCGUUCCAUCAUGGCGCCCAAAUACCAGGUGAAGUCUAACAUGAAGAGUAUGGAGCGGGAACUCCAGUGCCCAGUGUGUAAGGACAUCGUGAAGCAGCCAGUGGUGUUGCCUUGCCAGCACAGUGUGUGUUUGUUGUGUGCGUCCGAGGUGCUGGUCCAGAGCGGCUAUCCUCAGCCCGAGCUGCCCCCGGAGCCCCACUCUCCUGCUUCCACACCAAACACACGCUCGCCACGGCAGGCCCACCGGUCUGUAGAUCGCCCGUUGCGUCCUGGUUUUGGGACAUAUCCAGGACGCAGGCGUAAGGAGGGCUUGACCCAGAUCAUGCUCUUCCCUUGCGUGCCCUGUGGUCGAGAUGUGGAACUGGGAGAGAGAGGACUGGUGGACUGUAUGAGGAACCUCACACUGGAGCGUAUAGUGGAAAGGUACAGGCACACAGUAAGUCUGGGCAGUGUGGCUGUGAUGUGUCAGUUCUGUAAAUCUCCUCAGACUAUGGAGGCCACUAAAGGCUGUGCUGACUGCAGGGCCAAUUUCUGUAAUGAGUGCUUUAAGCUCUACCACCCAUGGGGUACUCCACGCGCUCAGCAUGAACAUGUACAGCCCACACUCAACUUCAGACCCAAGGUGUUGACAUGUACAGAGCAUGAUCAGGAAAAGUUACAGUUCUACUGCAGAACAUGCCAAAAACUCCUCUGCUCGCUCUGUAAGCUGCGUCGGGCUCAUGCAGGCCACAAAAUUGUGCCUGUCAGUCAGGCGUACCAGGCACUCAAGGAAAAAAUCAGCAAGGAGUUAAACUACAUCCUGUCCAGUCAGGCUACAGUAUUGACCCAAAUCACACAGCUGGAGAAUGCCAUCACCCAGACUGAGGUGAACAGUGUAGCAGCCCGUGAACAGCUCUCUCAGUGUGUGAGGGAGUUAACGGCUCUGCUUUCAGAGCGGCAGGUCAUCCUGGCUCAGGCCCUGGAAAACUCCCGGCAGAGGAGGAGCGAGGCUUUAGCCAAUCAGGUAGCAGAGAGGCGCAGCUUGCUGGAACAUGCUGGUCUGAUGGCAUUUACUCAAGAGCUGCUGAAAGAGACAGAUCCGGCCUGCUUUGUACAUGCAGCCAGGCAAACAUAUAACAGGCUGGCCCAAUCAAUUCAUUCUCUGCAGAGUUUCUCUCUCUCUGCUGACCCCUCAUUUCGACACUUUCAACUGGAUGUCUCCAGAGAGCUUAAACUUCUCACUGACCUGAACUUUAUUCAAGCUCCUUUAGCCCCUGUGAUUGACACCCAGCGCACUCUGGCCUACGAACAGCUCUUCCUGUGCUGGCGACUGCCGCAGGAGUCUUCCCCUUCCUGGCAUUUCUCUGUGGAGUACCGUCGCCGGGGUGUGGUGCCAGGGGGUGGGACAAGAGCUGGCCUUCGUGGUGGGUUGGCUGGAGCCCGCUGGGGCUGGCAGAGAUUAGACGAGGUCACGGGGACCAGCGCUGUUAUCACCAGCUUGGAGAUGGACAGCGUGUACGUGCUCAGAGUGAGGGGCUGCAAUAAAGCCGGCUUUGGAGAGUACAGUGAAGAAGUGUACUUACACACCCCACCAGCUCCAGUACUAAAUUUCUAUUUGGAUUCACGUUGGGGUCUACAUGCUGAUAGACUAGUGGUGAGUAAAGAGCAGCGCUGUGCCCGCAGUGUGCCAGGCCUCUCUCUUCUGCAGGCAGCUGACCGAGCCCUAACUUCCUGUCACCUGACCGCUGACCUGCUGGUGGGUGACGUGGCCGUCACACAGGGUCGCCAUUAUUGGGCAUGCUCAGUGGAGCCUGGAUCUUACUUAGUUAAGGUUGGUGUUGGUCUGGAGUCAAAGCUUCAGGAAUGGUUCCAUCUGCCACAAGACAUGGCUAGCCCACGGUAUGACCCUGACAGUGGGCAUGACAGUGGGGCAGAAGAUUCUUCAGACUCUUUGCCCCCUUUCACCUUCCUCACAAUGGGCAUGGGUAAGAUCUACCUGCCCGCCUGUGCCAAUACCCACCACGGAACUGUCAAUCACAGGGACAUCUCCAACGGCAACAGCCCCUCCUCGCCGACCGGGGUCACCUAUCCUCUCCCUCCCAGGCUGGGGGUGUGUCUGGAUGUUGAGAAGAGCCGUGUCACCUUUUAUGAUGCUCAUUCUCUCCGCCCACUCUGGGAGGGUCCAGUCGACUGUUCUGCUCCUGUAUGUCCCGCCUUCUGCUUCAUCGGAGGCGGGGCUCUGCAGCUACAGGAGCUGGUGGCGAAUCGCAAUGCGGAUCAGACUCCCGUCAGACGAGUCACCAUCCAAUCCCGAGUCACUAAACUGAGCUGAAGAAGAAACUCGGUUACACCAGGCUAUCUUAGUAAUGUUGUUUUUAUAUUUCAUACUUAAAAAUAUGAAUCAUUUUUAAUUGCACUGAAUAUGCACUUCAGAAUUAUUAUUAUUAUUAUUGUUAUUAUUAUUUGCUUGUUUUACACUACUUUUGAUAGGGCUUUAUUGCUUUACACCGCUUGUGAAUUAAUGUAAAAAAAAUCUAUAUCAUGAAAUGAAUCUUGUGGCCUAUAACUUCGAUAUCUGUAAGAAACUAUAGCUGUAAAUAGAAUUUCCUUCCUCUACUCUCUAGUUGUACACCUCAAGGUUUUUGAUAAUAAUUUCUCUCUGCUGUAAUCAAAAAUGAUUUCUACCUUUAAUCUCGUUACACAGCUCACAUGCGUGGCCUGAGUGUUAGAACUACAUCCAUCAUUCCAGUGACUCCAAAAGCCAAAGUCAGUUUUGUUCUCUCUUCAUUUUUUAUUCCGUUGCAGGCUGAUGUUUGGUUCUGGAUAGAGAACUGGCAGAGUUACUCGUUCAUGUGUGUCUAAUAUCAGAAUGUACAGAUUACAAUACGGCUAAUACACUGAGAUGUUUAGGUACGGAGAAGAAGAAUAUGGACUGUAAAUAUAAACCAGCUACAUAAAACUGUGUUAGCAUCACAGUUCAUUAAGAUGCGCUAUCUUCCUUUCAUUUGCUGUGUAGAAAGAACUUUAUUUCUUUUCAGUGACAAGAAUGGAGUAGUAACAUUCUGGUUACAGAGUUCAUGCUGAACCUUAUAUUGUUUUUGCUAAAGAAAUACAUAAGAGACAUAUGAGAGUGUAAUGUGAGUAUGCUACCUCGUCCUCAAUAUGUAGAUGAGGAAAGGUGUGUGUGUGUUUGGGGGGGGGUGCAUAUCCUCACACCUUUAUGCAAUUUUUAGCUUGUAGAACAUAUUUUUAAGACAGACAGUGGGCUUGAUUUUGCCGUAGGCUUUAACCUGUGCUUCUUUCAAAUGCUGUAUACUUUUAAGAAAAGAAUAAAAGAAUGUAGACCUGCUGGCGGAAUAUUCAUCAGAUUUCAACAAUGAAAUAUUGAAAAUGUGAAAUAAAGAAUAAGACUGUAACAUUCGAGUC